CCCCUACCACAUUGCGAUAAAUGAAACCUCUUUCAAGUAUAUAAACUUAAUACUACAACGUGAUAUUAUCAAACAUCUAUUGUUUUAGAAUCAAUCAUGUUCGCUAAAGUAGUAACUCUCUGCGCUGUAGUGGCUGUAUGCUCCGCUGGUCUCCUGCCAGCGGCUGUGCAGUACUCCUCCGCGGCAGCCGUGUCCUCCCAAAACAUUGUCCGUCACGACCAGCCCCAAGCUGUCGCUGCUAAGGUCUUCGCUCCCGUCGCCUACCAUGCCGCUCCUGCCCCAAUUGCCUACAGCGCUCCCAUCGCCAAAGUGAUCGCUCAACCUGAAGAGAUCGCCUACCCCAAAUACGAGUACAACUACUCCGUCGCCGACGGCCACACCGGCGACAACAAGCAACAACAGGAGGUCCGCGACGGCGACGUCGUGAAGGGCUCGUACUCGUUCCACGAGGCCGACGGCUCCAUCAGGACCGUGCAAUACACCGCCGAUGACCACAACGGAUUCAACGCCGUCGUACACAACACCGCCCCGGCUCACGCUGUCGUCAAGGCCGCGCCCGUGCUCGUCAAGGCUGCCUACGCCGCCCCCGCCUACUACCACUAAGCGUUACCAUAGACCCUCUACCAAAUGACUGUUAACUAUUUAUUUUAGCAAUAUAGAACUGAAAUUCAA